AUGACGCCCCCAGUUAUUGCAGACAACUGCUGCUACCUCUCCAACUACGACGUACAAGACAUGUCUACAACACCAAAACUCCGCCUUAUCGUCAAAAAAUGGGACCAAAUAAACCCAAAUCCAACAACGGAAAGAAAACGAAAAAUCGCGGACGCCAACAAGUUGGAAUUGCAAACAGUUUCCAACUGGUUUGUGAACAAAAGGGACAAAGUUAAAAAUCCCGAGAAAUGGGAAGAGAUGAAAGAGAAGAAGCGAAUUUGGGGACGUGAGCAACGUAUGAAAAUAAAAGCUCAGCUGAACAGACGCCCUCCGAAACAAGGUUUAAAGAGUUCCACUGUCCAACAACAGAACAGUGCGAAAUCUGGGGACAACAGAUUGAGUUGA